UUGAUUCAGAUUUCUAGCGGUUAGACAAAAAAAGCUGCCAUUUAGGAAUAAAAUUUUUACAACACUCUUAUGACUUUUAAAAGGUUUGAAUGUGUAUCAAAUUUCUUAGUGAUAAUAUUGCAAAUUAUAACUCUAUUGUUGCAAGUCAAUUGUUCUAAUCCAUCUUAUUAAAUCAGAAGCUAGUUAGAUUCAUAUCCCUUUUUAAAGCUAGAGUGUUUACUGUUGUUGAAGAGAACCCAUUCUAUUCUCACAAUGACUACUGAAGUUAACAAUGAUACUGCCAACUUGUCAGUAACUGAGGUUAAUCAGUCAGAUGAAGAGGAAGAAAUGAAAAUUGAAACUGAAACUGAACUACCAACCCUGUCAGAUUCUCUUAGAAAGUUGGAGGUCAUAAUUGAAGAAAAUUUAGAUAUAGAUGUUGAUUCUGUUAAUGAAUCAUUUGCCAAACUUGAAAUGUCAGAAGUCCCAGCGUUUGGAACUGAAAAAGGUUUGAAUUUACCUCUAUUUAGCCCUGAUUUUGAGGAUCCACUUGCUACUUCAGAUAAUGAAAUUGAAAAUGAAGAGCCGGUGGUUAAUGAAUAUGAAUCAGAGAAUGUUACGUUGUCUAAACAAGAUACCGCUGAAAAUGAGAGUCUUACUGAUAAAGAUUAUGCUAUGCUCAAAGAAUUAGUAGUAGAUGCCGAUAAUAAAUCUGAAUCAGAGAAUCCUUCAAUUGAGUCUAAGGGUGUGGAACCGUUUGUUAGAGGCAGACCUUCAGCUUGUGUAUUUGUAGCAAGUCUUUGCUCUGGUGUUUCUGAUGAUGAUUUAUGUAUUUCAGUAACAAAUCACUUCAAACAAUGGGGAAAACUUUCCACAGUAAAAGUUUUAAGGGAUACAUCAAAUCGUCCUUAUGCCUUUGUCCAAUACACUAAUGAACAGGAUUCAAGAAAUGCAAUUACAAAUGGUCAUAACUCUAUUUUAGAUGGUAGAAAUAUAAGAUGUGAAGCGGCCAAGGUAAAUCGUACUUUAUACGUAAUUUUCCUGGAAUAUCUCAACAAAAGAUUUGUGAAGUUAAGAAUGGAUAACUUUGGAGAAAUCGAAUCAUUAGUUCCCUCAGAUAAUCAUGGAAGCUUAAAUAAAACUUCUAUUAAGACUUCCAAAUAUUGGUUUGUUAAAUUCGUUUAUAGAGAGGAUGCAAUUAGAGCAUUUGCAAAUUUAACAGAUGAAGAUUCAGUUGAAGUAGAUUGGGCGCAAAAUUUGGAAGAUACAAUUAAUGAAAAGGAAGAAAAGUUUGAAAAUUCAGCUAAGUUUGAUAAAUAUUCUAUAUUUGUUGGUCAAAUACAUCCUGAUAUUGAAGUAAGAGAAUUAACCCAAAGAUUUGAAAGACAUGGUGAAAUUGAGUUCGUUAAUUUAAUUAAAAAGAGUAAUUAUAAUUUUGCAUUUAUUAGAUACAAAAAUGAAUCUGCAGCAGCUAGUGCUGUUGAAAGAGAGAACCAUUCCAUUUUAAAUGGAAAGACCAUGCAUGUUCAAUAUCGAGAAAAUCAUGCUGUUCCAAAGAGACCAACAACAAAUAUGUUUGGUAUUGCUUUAGCUCCACCACCAAUAAAUUUAAAAAGAAAGGUUUUAAUUAAUAAUGGUGGCACUUCUGUUUCCACAAGCAGCUUUAAUGAUAAUUUAUUUUCUAAACCUAGAUUUAAUGGUUACUCUUCCAAUAAUGCUAACAGGAGUCUUUCCAAUAAUUUUGCGACUAAUAAGGUGUUGCAAAAGAGUGCUCAAGAUAACUUAAAUUACAUUGAAAGUUUUGAUUCAAAUUUCAACAAAUCUUAUAUUAAUAAGGCAUAUCGUGGAUCGAUUACUCCAUCAAAUAUUAGAAACAAGAAGUACAUCAAGAAUAGCCAACCAAAUGCUAAUAAGAUUGAAAAUUUAAGAGUUGGAAAAGGUGUUGAGGCUUCCCCAAAGCCACGUAAAUUUCAAGGUUUUAAUUCCGAUCAGAAUAAUCGCAAAUUUAAGAAGUUUGAUUUUAAGAAUUAUACGAAUCAAUUUAAUGUUAAUCAAUCAGUUGUUCCUACUACUAAUAAUAAUACAAGUCCUAAAAAAGGUAUGAGCGAUGCUGUUAUCGCCGCCAAGAAUAAUGCCGCUGUUCCGUACUAUUAUUAUAUUCCUGAAACCGAAAAUACAUCUGCAGUAGGACCCGGUACUCCCAAGUCCAAUGCCCCAACGAGUUAUUAUAACCCUUAUUCUCAGUACUAUGUUCCAAAUAAUGAUUAUUCUGGUACUAGUAGUCCUGGUUAUGGAAUGACUCCCUAUUCAUUGUAUUAUCCUGGAGAAUCCGAUUUUCUGCCAGUUGAUAAAUCUUUAGAGAAGAAAUAAUCGCAGCUGUGAUUAUUAUAUUAAUGCCGUAAUGUUAUACCUGUUUUUUGUUGUUUAUGUAAAUUUUAUAUUUAUGUUCGUAUGUAUAAUAAUGGCUAGUUUGAAAAAUAAAUAAAGUAUCUAAUAUAUUAUUGCCUCUUUUU